GGUAAUACGAGUCACUAAGGCUCAUUGACUCACAAACUGUGCUGGCUUGCGCGUGCGCACGAGUGCUAGUUUCAUACUGAUUUCACAUUAAUUAGAGCCAUGUCGUCUCCAGUCCUGGUGAAGGAGAUCCCCCUAGAGAAGGAGUACAAGAAGGCGACCCUUAUCACCCCCGCUGACAUCAGCAAGCUCAGACAGUGGCUUGACACGCAGCCGCAUCUGCCUGCCGACCUCAUUACUGAGUUGGAGCUGAUCCUGACGUACCACUGCUGCGAGCGCAGCGCCGAAGUAUCCAAACAAGUGUUGGACCUCCACUUCACGUUGAAGACACUCUUCACCAGCUUCUUCAAGGACCGCGCCGUUGAUGCCACUGUCCUUAAUGCGGCAAAUACUGUGUUGGCAUUGCCGUUAGACAUGCGCACAGCAGAGGGCUAUGCCGCUUUCUACGCCAGACUCCUGGACACGGAUGUCAAGAAGUUUAUCUUUUCUGAUUCCCUCAGAAUGGUGCUCAUGUUGCUAGACCUGUGGCAUCUAGAGGAGGGCACGUGGCCGGGACUGGUCAUCGUCAUCGACCUGGAUGGGCUCACGCUCGGACACCUGGCGCGCCUGGAGCUGCUCGCCGUGCAGCAGUUCCUAUAUUACUUGCAGGAAGCGAUGCUGGUGAAACUCAAAAGCGUGCACUUCUUAAACGCGCCCCCGUUCAUGGACAAGCUGAUGAUGAUCCUGCGGCCGUUCAUGAAGAAGAAACUGAUGGACAUGAUCAACAUCCACCAGGUCGGAGCCACUACCAUCGAGAAGUUCGUGCCGAGGGAAGCCAUGUCAAAAGACAUCGGGGGAGAGUUCAAGACAUUCCAACAGGCUAAAGAUGACAUAAUAACAAGACUAAAAUUGAAUGCGGACUUCUUCGCUAUAGAGAACAAGAAGCGAGUGACGGAGUCUUUAAGGCCGGGCAAGCCGAAGACCAUCACCGACAUCUUCGGAGGGAUCGAGGGGUCCUUCAAGAAACUGGAUAUUGAUUGAUACUGGGGGUUAUAGAAGGAUUAGAGGGAGUUAAUUUGAAACAUGUUAGUUGCUCAUUAAGUAUAAUUUGUGUGAAUCAGCUAUGCAGAGUGUUAGUGACAUCGAUCGUAACGAAUACUGAAGGGGAUGAUUCAGACCAUGAUUCUGAGUUGAUACCAAGUGGAAUUUUCCGUCUCAAAAGUAAGGAAUUGAAAACAUGUGACUAAAAAUUCCACUUUAUAUCAUCUCAGAAACAUGGUAGGAAUCAUCCCCUUCAGUAUUCGUUACGAUGUCACUAACACCUUUACCUCUCUGGUAUACAAGCGCUCCACGCAAGGUAUCUAGUUAAUUUACACGGGUUAUACUUGUAAGAUAGUUACUACUAAGUAUGUAUAAUAAUAGCAUUUAGCUUACUUACAUCUUUUUCAUUUGCUGGGAGGGCCUGUGUGUUAAAUGAGUUCCUCUAGUUAUUAAAUAACUUGUAAUGUACACCUA